CAAUCACGUCGGGAGAGUUUCAUGCAGCCUCCUGGGCGGACACGGCGGGCGCGGCGGGUUAGUGGCAAAGUAUACGAUGCCCUUCUUUUCCGCUUGGUUCCAAUUUAGUCCAAGUCUGGUACUGAGGUUACCUUAUAACUGCCGUGGCCGGGCGCCCUUCAAAAUUUGCUCUCUUCCCAGAUUCUCAGGAACGUGGUCCGACAGGGAAACAGCCCACCCUUCUUCCCCUCUCGCCCCUUCCUCACCCUCUCACUUUCUCGAGUAUUUCUAUUCUAUCUCUUCCCAACUUCCAAAAUGGGCUACUCCUCAGAAAACGUCUCGGACAUGGAGGCCACCAAGGCCAAUAAUAAAGCCAUGGAGGCCAGCGAGAAGUUCAGUGUACCCCCUAACUAUGACGGGGACUUGGUUGGUGAGAUGGAUGAGAGGGAACGGGACAUCGUCGAAGAUGGUAUCCAUAAGUUCAGCCGUCUCGGCUGGAAGCGUCUCACUGUCGUUCUUAUUGUCGAGGCCAUUGCUCUGGGAAGUUUGUCCAUUCCUUCCAGUUACGCUAAGCUUGGUAUGGUAGCUGGUGUCAUCUGUACCGUUGGCCUAGGUCUUGUCGCCGUCUAUACUAGUUACAUUAUCGGUUUGGUGAAGUUGAAGUUCCCACAUGUUGCUCACUACCCCGACGCUGGCCAGCUGAUGUUUGGUCGCUUCGGUAAAGAACUGAUCAAUAUCAUGCUCAUCUUGGAACUCCUCUUCCUUACCGCCUCUCAUUGUCUGACGGGUACGAUCGCAUUCGUUAAUAUCACCAGCAGUGGCGUCUGCUCCGUUGUUUGGGGAGUCAUAUCUGCUAUCAUCCUCCUGCUCCUCGCAGUGCCGCCGAGUUUCACCGAAAUGGCUAUCCUGGGCUACAUUGACUUUGUCUCUAUCAUUGCCGCAAUCGGCAUCACCAUUAUCGGCACCGGUAUUAAGAGCAACAAGGAAAUUGGACUCUCGAACGUUGAAUGGUCCGCCUGGCCGCAGGAGGACCUCACUUUCACCGACGGCUUCAUCGCAAUCUCCAACAUCAUCUUCGCUUACAGUUUCGCCCUCUGCCAGUUCUCCUUCAUGGACGAAAUGCACACACCUAAGGACUAUGUCAAGUCCAUCUGGGCUUUGGGUGCCACUGAGAUUGUUAUCUACACCUUGACCGGUUCGCUCGUCUAUGCCUUCGUCGGCGUUGACGUGGGAAGCCCCGCCCUGCUUUCUGCUGGCCAUACCUUGAGCAAGGUGGCAUUCGGUAUCGCCUUGCCCGUCAUCUUCAUCAGUGGUUCCAUCAACACUGUCGUGCUGGGCCGCUUGGUUCACGGCCGCAUCUUUAAGAACUCUCCCAUCCGGUUCAUUAACACUAAGAUGGGAUGGAUCACCUGGUUGGCCGUUAUCACUGUGGCUACCCUUGUCGCUUUCGUCGUUGCUGAGGUUAUCCCCUUCUUCAAUGACCUUUUGUCGAUCUGCUCUGCGCUCUUCGUCUCUGGCUUCACUUUCUACUUCCCGGCCCUGAUGUGGUUCAUUCUCAUCCGUGAGGGCAAGUGGAAUGAGCCCAAGAACUUGGCCCUGGGGGCCGUCAACCUCGUCGUUUUGCUUAUCGGUCUUAUCACCCUUGUUGGUGGCACCUACUCUAGUAUCGAUGAUAUUAUCAUCAAUUACCGCGAAGGCUCCGUUAGAGGUGUUUUCUCCUGCUCUCCGCCGAACUAAACAUUUUGACUUUCCGCUAGCUGUUACCCCUUGCGGUUCAGCGGCAGGUUGGCAAUAUGGCCAAAUCCAAGGAUAAGACCAGUAACUUGGCACUUACCUGUGGCGCGGUGGAUCCUUGAAUCCUUCUGCCUGUCAGCAGGAUCAUCAUGACAUAGAGGGAUCUGAAGGGGUUGGCGAAAGGUGCGUGAUUAAAUUUACGUAAUAGCUUCCAAUACCGCUUCCUCUCCCCCUCUUAUGGCCUUUGAGACACAGGGGCAUAAGUCGGGUGUUAUUCUGCCCCAAUGCCGCGUUCGAUUAGCCGAUGCCUAUACCUGCCGGUGGACAAAGCACAUACACCCUGUACAGAUACCCGCCUUUUGUUUAUAGUCAUGUCGUAGUUUUUUAGCAUCAUGUGCCUAUGUAUAUUUAUGAUAGAACAUAUAUAUUAUGAGGAAUUCUCAUUCCAAAUUUACUUUUUCUUUUUCAAAGUAAAACUUAUGAGUU